AUGACUGUGUCGCGGCGGUUACCAUCCUUGGCCAGAUCAACGAGGCGGUCGUUUGCGACGAAAAAGGAGCCUGGCCCAACUUCUCAGUUUUACAAGACUUUUACACGACCGAUUGCGAAAGUUCUUGUCGUUGCCGUCUUCACAUAUCAGUUCGUAUACUGGGGAUGGGUGAAACUCGAAGCUGACGAACACCAAGAAAACACUGAUGCCGAGAUUGCCGACUUAGAAGCAAAAGUUACCGCAUUGGAUAAAGCACGCAAAGCAGAGAUUGAGGCCAAGGAGCAGGAGAAGGAGAAGCCGAAGAAGAAGGGUUGGUGGUGA